AUGUCUCAGAGCGCAGACAUGCAGAAGAAGGUUCAGGAGACUGCGGAUCAGGCCUACACCGCCAGCACGGAUGCCGCAAGCCAAGCCUAUGCGACCACGAAGGAGACAGCAGAGCAGGCCCACGCCACCGGCAAGGAGAAGAUGAGUGAGGCCCAAGCGUCUGACAGCACGCAGCAGAUGAAGCAGGGCCUGGAGAGCGCGCAGGAAAAGACUGCCGAGGCCUACGAGGCUUCCAAGGAGAUGGCGGCGCAGGGCUAUGAGGCCGCCAAGGACUCAGCGCAACAGGGAGUGGAGGCAGCCAAGAAGACCUCUGCCAAGGAACCAACCAAGGAGAAGACCUCGUUCUGGGAUAAGCUUCGGCAUGGUUUCUCCAGCGCUCAGGACAAGACGGUGCAGGGGUAUGAGGCCGCAAAGGAGCAGGUGAAAGCCUCCCCUGCCGAGACUUCCGAAGGUGGGCCCACUCUGCUCGAGAGGAUGAAGCAGGGCGCUGCCACAGCGCAAGACAAGACGAUGCAGGGCUAUGAGGCUGCCAAGGAGCAGGUGAAGGCUGCCACCGCCGAGGAGUCGUCAUCUUCCUCUGGGCCCUCCAUGAUGGACAAGAUGAAGCAGGGCCUGCAGACCGCCCAGGACAAGACCGUGGAAGGAUACCAGGCGGCCAAGGAGCAGGUGAAAGCCGCCACUGCAGCACCGGAAGAGCAUUGCCCCAGCUUCUGGGAGCAGCUUUCCCAGGGCUGCUCCUUCAUGAAGCAGAAGACGUUGCAGGGCUAUGAGGCCACCACCGAGUUUGUGGUCAGCGGCUGCCGGUCCGAAAGACAUGAGGACUCAGGUGAAGAGCGCGUGGAGGCGGCCAAGGAGACAGUGAGGGAGGGUUUGGCCACGGCCCAGACGAAAGCAGAGGCGACUAAGGCGAUGCUGACGGGCGGAUCGACCAAUCAGUCUGUCCCUGCGGAACUGGAGAAGAAGGAGCAAGUGAUCAUCGUGCUCCGCCAGGAAGUGCAGGAGGAGAAAGAAAACGUCAUUCGGGUCAAGGAAGAUGCAGAGGAGGACCGGCUAAAGCUGCUGGCGAAAAUCCAAGCCCUCGCGGAUGAGUUGCAGAAUGCCCUGACCUCUGCAAAGCACAUGAAGGAGGCUGCAGUGAAGGCCUCCCAGCGACAGCCGGGCAGCUGCAUCUCCCCAGAGAAGUUCGCCCAGCUGAUCAUGGAGCUGGAAGAGCUCAGGGAUCAGAUGAAAUGGAUAGGAACUGACCGAGACAGCGAGAAGGAGGCCAUCAACAGCCUGCGGCUUCAACUGACACGGAAUAGGCGUCGUUGGGAGCUGGAGCGUCAGUUCCUGCCCUUGCUACAUCAGGUCAAGGGCCCUGUGGGUCCUCCCAGCAAAGCAGCAAAGAAAGAGGCGCCCUGGGCCACGCAGUCGGCAGUGGUGCUCGCAAGGGCGCCCGAGGAGAUGCGGCCAAGAGGGGGCAGCAGCGGCGCCGUCAACCGCAACAUGGCCAGCACCAACGGCUUUCGAGGAGUUCGGGCUCUAACGUGA